AUGGCAAUACACAUACCCGGACUAAUAGGCAUUAUUGUCUUCUACCUCCUUAUCCUUGUUAUUGGACUAAUCGCUGGCAGAAAGAAGAACAAGACAGGCGAUACAGAUGAAUUGCUAUUGGCUGGACGAAAUCUGGGAUUUUUUGUUGCGGUCAUGACGUAUACAGCGACACUGGUUGGAGGUGCCUACAUUAACGGAACAGCGGAAGUUAUGGGUAGAGACGGAUUAAUUUGGUGUGUUGCACCUGUUGGCUUUACCAUAGGAAUCAUUAUAGCUGCAUUGGUUUAUGUUCCUAAAGCAAGAGAAAAGAAGUAUACAACACUAUUCGACAUAUUACAAGACAAAUAUGGAAAGAGAAUUGGUGGACUACUUUUUUUCAACGAGCUAUUGGCGGAUGUGUUUUGGGAAUCUGCAAUAUUAUCUGCUUUAGGUACGACCUUACAUAUAAUACUUGGUAUAGAUAUGUCGACGGCUGUAGUAGUGUCUGCCUGUGUAGCAGUGUUUUAUACAUUUUUUGGAGGAUUAUAUUCUGUAGCGUAUACAGAUAUAGCACAAUUUUUUCUUAUGUCACUUGGAUUGAUUUUAAUAAUUCCAUUUGCUUGGACGAAUCCUGCUGUUGAUAUGAGCAGAAUAAAAGACAAAUGGAAAGGAUCGUUGGAGCCACGGCAAAUAGGUGUAUAUAUAGAUUUGUGGUUACUGACAAUUGGGGGAUGUUUCACUUGGCAGGGAUUCUAUCAGCGUGUACAUGCAUGUAAAACCACUAGAAUUGCAAGAGAUUCAGUAUUAGUCAGCGCUGUCUUAGCUUUAUUGAUGGGUGUUCCGCCAGCUAUUGCAGGUGUAAUUGGAGCAGCUACAGACUGGAAUCAAACUAUGUACAGUGGAAACCCAGAAUUGUCACAAGAAGAAUGGAGUUAUGUUUUACCUAUGGUGCUAGCAUAUCUUUGUCCAAUGGUUGUAUCAGUUUUUGGAUUAGGGGCGGUUAGUGCUGCUGUAAUGUCAUCAGCAGAUUCUAUUGUACUGGCAGCUGGAUCUGUCAUCAGCCACAAUUUAUAUAAAAACUGUUUCAGACCAAAGGCAUCUCAGCGGGAAUUAACUUGGGUUCUCAGAAUCAGCAUUGUAUUGACUGGAUUAUUGGGAGCAGUUAUCGCUAUUGCUGUAAAAAGUGUAUAUGGGUUGUUUAUUUUAUGUGUGGACGCAAUGUAUGUGAUCCAAAUGCCGGAAUUAACAUGUGCAUUAUGGUUUGAAAAGGCGAACGGUUAUGGUUCCUUAGUAGGAUUCGUUGUUGGUCUGCUCUUACGCAUACUUGGUGGGGAACCAGUUUUAUCACUUCCAGCAGUUAUUAAAUAUCCUUGGUACGAUCCGUUAGCGGGUCAGCUAUUUCCGCAUAAAACAUUUGCAAUGAUGUGUUGUUUUAUUACAAUCAUAGCAGUUUCUUUUCUCACAGAUUACGUUUUCACAAAUGAAAAAGUUGAUAAGAAAUUUGAUAUUUUCAACUGCUUUCAACAAAACAAGAUUAAACAAAAAGACAAACAUCAAAACAAUGCUUUUCAAUCAAAAACAGAUGACAUUUUUGAUGAUAAACAGGAAGAACUUGAUGCUUUCAUUAAAACUUAG